AUGGCUCCCUCAGAGUGGAAAUUCCGCUCAGUAUCGUCAUCUUCCUCUAGCCAUCUCCACGGGUCACAAAACUCACAUCGUCCUUCGAAGCGCUUCUCGUUUAAAAUUGGUGUUUUAUCCCACGGAAAAACAAACGAAGCACCCCCUUUUGGACCCUCUCUCAAUGCUCUUGACCCUCUCCCCGACGACCAGGUCAAGCUCGAAGGAAUAGUGAACUAUCAUCUUAGCCAGGUAGGCCGACUAAAGCUUGAAGUGGACCACUACAAUAACACGAUCGAACUGCUAUCAUGCACCACCCCUCCUGAAGACAUGGAAUGUGUUGCUAGGAAGCUACAUGAGCGAAUCCGAGGGGUUAUGGACGCGCGGAAACAACUUGGAGAAUUUAUGUCUUUCCACGUGCGGGAGAUUUACAGAAUUUUGAAGCUGAAGCAGGAGAUGACAGGGAAUACUACGGAUGACUAUCCUACCCAACUCAGAAGUUUACCCACAGAGCACGAGCUGCGCACUAUGUGUGGAGAGGAUGAGUUCUAUACAUAG